GACACCCCACGCUCCCGGACACUCCGGACACCGCCGGACACUCCCGGACACCGCCGGACAUUCGAGGCAGCAGGAUGGCCCCGCCCGUGCCCGCGCUGACCCCGGAGCAGAAGCAGGAGCUGGCGGCCAUCGCCCAGCGCAUCGUGGCCCCCGGCAAGGGCAUCCUGGCCGCUGACGAGUCCACUGGCAGCAUCGCCAAGCGGCUGAGCUCGGUGGGCGCGGAGAACACGGAGGAGAACCGGCGCUGGUACCGGCAGCUGCUGUUCACGGCCGACAAGCGCGUGGAGCCCUGCAUCGGCGGCGUCAUCCUCUUCCACGAGACCAUGUACCAGAAGGCCGACGACGGCCGCCCCUUCCCGCAGGUCAUCCGCGACAAGGGAGCCCUGGUUGGCAUCAAGGUGGACAAGGGCGUGGUGCCCCUGGCUGGCACCAAUGGCGAGACCACGACCCAGGGGCUGGACGGGCUGAUGGAGCGCUGUGCCCAGUACAAGAAGGACGGCGCGGACUUUGCCAAGUGGCGCUGCGUGCUGAAGAUCACGGCGCACACCCCGACACGCCUGGCCGUCAUGGAGAACGCCAACGUCCUGGCACGCUACGCCAGCAUCUGCCAGCAGAAUGGCAUCGUCCCUAUUGUGGAGCCCGAGAUCCUCCCGGAUGGUGACCACGACCUCAAGACGUGCCAGUAUGUCACUGAGAAGGUGGGUGGCACCUCCGGGCUGUCCCCAAGCGUCCCCAGUUGUCCCCAGGAUGUCCUGCAGCCCUUGGGGGUCCCUGGCUCACUGGUGACACCGAGAGGGAUCACGUUCCUGUCGGGGGGUCAGAGCGAGGAGGAGGCGUCUCUGAACCUCAACGCCAUCAACCGCUGCCCGCUGCCGCGGCCCUGGGCGCUCACCUUCUCCUACGGCCGCGCCCUGCAGGCCUCGGCCCUCAAGGCCUGGGGCGGCAAGAAGGACAACACCAAGGCGGCCCAGGAGGAGUACGUGAAGAGAGCACUGGCCAACUCCCUGGCGUGCCAGGGCAAGUACACCCCGAGUGGCACAGCGGGAGCGGCCGCCAGCGAGUCCCUGUUCGUGUCCAACCACGCCUACUGACCACUGACCACGGCCUGCUGCCCAGUGACCCCAGUGACCCCAGUGACCCCAGUGACCCCAGUGACCGCCCAGUGCCCCCAGUGCCCCCUGCCCCAGCCCUGCAGUAAAAGGUCACAGGUGAACUCA